AAUAACUCUAGCUCUCUAAUUUUUCAGGUAUUGUUUCUAGCUGGUACUGACACAUCAUCAGUGAUAUUAGAAUGGGCAAUGUCCAAUCUACUUAACCCUCCACACAUUCUCAAAAAAGCCAAAUCAGAGAUUGAUGAUCAAGUUGGACAACACCAUUUGAUGGAUGAACAAGAUCUUUCCAAACUUCCAUACCUUCAAAGCAUUAUUUCCGAGACCUUACGACUCUACCCAGCAGCUCCACUGCUCGUUCCUCACUACUCAUCAGAAGAUUGCACUAUUAAAGGAUUUGACAUUCCAUGUGGCACAAUCUUAUUAGUUAAUGCAUGGGCUAUACACAGAGAUCCCAAGAUAUGGGGUGACAAUGUUGAGAGUUUUAAGCUUGAGAGGUUCGACCUCGAGGGUGGGGGCGAAGGUGGUGGACUAGUCAACAAGCUAAUGCCUUUUGGAUUGGGAAGAAGGGCUUGUCCUGGAUCGGGCUUGGCCCAACGAGUAAUUGGCUUGGCUUUGGGGUGUUUGAUUCAGUGCUUUGAGUGGGAAAUGGUCAGUGAAGAAAAAAUCAACAUGAGUGAAGGCAGAGGUGUCACAAUGCCGAAAGCUAUUCCAUUAGAAGGCAUGUGCAAAGCACGUCCUAUCAUGAAAUCGACCGGUCCUCUGUGACUCUAUUCAUGAUAUUUAAUUAUAAAAAAGAGUUUAAUGCAAAUUUUCAUUGCUACUAUGUUGAAUAUUAUAUAUCAAUAAUAAGUUGAAGGUCGUGACUUGGUUUGAGGUU